GUGUAUGUUGCAGUCCGGUCUCCGUUGCCACCUCCAACAAAAUCGUUCUUCAUCGCCGUGGUCAGCCUCUUCACCGUUGGCCGCUUUUCCUUCCGGUAAACCCGAUCGCAAAUGGUGAUGUCUUGAUUCCCCUAGCGGUGGCCCAUUUUCCACUAUUCCCUCGCUAUUCUAAUGAACCCCAUCAAGAAAUUAACAUUUUCCCACAUUUUUCAAAGAUGUUCCUCUCUCAGAGCCCUCAAUCCUGGAAAGCAAGCCCAUGCCCAAAUGAUAGUAACUGCUUUUGUGCCCAGCAUCUAUGUUACCAAUUAUUUGCUUCAAUUCUACUGUAAAUGUUCCAAUAUGACCUAUGCAUUCAAGGUGUUUGAUAGAAUACCAAAAAGGGAUAUAAUCUCAUGGAACACCAUAUUCUUUGGCUAUGCCGGAAUUGGGAACAUAAGGUUUGCACAGUACUACUUUGAUUUAAUGCCAGAGAGAGAUGUAGUUUCUUGGAACUCUAUGCUCUCGUGCUAUUUACAAAAUGGCACUGAUCAAAAGGCGAUUGACAUUUUUUUAAAAAUGAGAUCACUAAGAAUUCCACAUGACUAUGCUACCUUUGCUGUUGUUCUAAAGGCAUGUUCAAGUAUUGGAGACUAUUGCUUAGGUCUUCAAGUGCACUGCCUUGCAAGUCGCAUGGGUUUCGAUAAUGACGUUGUGACGGCUAGUGCUCUAGUAGAUAUGUAUUCAAAGUGUAAGAAGCUAGACAAUGCUCUUCAGGUUUUCUAUGAAAUGCCUGAAAGAAAUUUGAUAUGUUGGAGUGCUGUAAUUGCUGCCUGUGUUCAGAAUGAUCAGUUUAUUGAGGGUUUAAAACUGUUUAAAGAUACACUAAAGGCUAGUAUAGGGGUGAGUCAAUCAACCUAUGCUAGUGCAUUUAGGGCUUGUGCAGGAUUAGCCGCAUUCAGACUGGGUACACAAUUGUAUGGUCAUGCUUUAAAAUUUUCUUUUGGAUAUGAUACUAUAGUGGGAACUGCCACCUUGGACAUGUAUUCAAAAUGCAAUAGAAUGUCCGAUGCACAAAAGCUUUUCAACUCAUUGCCCAAUCCUACUCCGCAAUCUUAUAAUGCCAUUAUUGUUGGAUAUGCUCGUCAUGACCAGGGUCUUAAAGCUUUAGAAAAUUUUCAAUCUUUACAAAGGUCAUAUCUUGGCUUUGAUGAAAUUAGUUUGUCUGGUGCUUUGACUGCUUGUGCAGCAAUCAAAAGCUGGUUGGACGGGAUUCAACUACAUGGAUUAGCAGUCAAAUGUGGUUUAACAUUUGUUAUCUGUGUUGCAAAUGCUAUUUUAGACAUGUAUGGUAAAUAUGGAGGUUUGAUAGAAUCUUGUUUAAUAUUUGAUGAGAUGAAAAAGAGGGAUGUCGUUUCUUGGAAUGCAAUUAUUUCAGCUCAUGAACAAAAUGAGGAAGUAGAGAAAACACUUUUACUCUUCAUUUCAAUGCUGCGGUCAACAAUGGAACCAGAUGAUUUUACUUAUGGUAGUGUUGUAAAAGCAUGUGCUGCCCAACAAGCUUUAAACUAUGGUAUGGAGAUUCAUGGACAAAUUAUUAAGUCAGGGUUGGGGUUAGACAAUUUUGUUGGCAGUUCCCUUGUUGAUAUGUAUUGCAAGUGUGGAAUGCUAGAGGAGGCUGAAAAGAUUCAUUAUAGAUUGGAGGGGCAAACAAUGGUUUCGUGGAAUUCAAUGCUUUCAGGAUUUUCAUCGCAAAAGCAAAGUGAAAAUGGCCAAAAGCAUUUUUCACAUAUGCUGGGAAUGGGUGUCAUACCUGACAAUUUCACCUAUGCUACAGUUUUGGAUAUUUGUGCUAAUUUGGCUACUGUUGAACUUGGAAAGCAAAUUCAUGCUCAAAUCUUAAAGCUACAGUUGCAUUCAGAUGUGUAUAUAGCCAGCACUCUUGUAGAUAUAUAUUCAAAGUGUGGAAAUAUGCAGGAUUCCAAACUAAUGUUUAAGAAGGCACCUAAGAAGGAUUAUGUGACUUGGAGUGCUAUGAUUUGUGCAUAUGCAUAUCAUGGUCUUGGAGAAGAAGCCAUUAAAUUAUUUGAGGAUAUGCAGCUUUUGAAUGUGAAACCAAAUCAUACCAUUUUUAUUUCAGUUCUCAGAGCUUGUGCGCACAUGGGUUAUCUGGACAGAGGGCUCCAUUACUUCCGGAAAAUGCAAAACCACUAUGGUUUAGAUCCACAGAUGGAGCAUUAUUCAUGUAUGGUAGACCUUCUGGGGAGAUUCGGACAAGUAAAUGAAGCAUUGAAGCUUAUUCAAAGCAUGCCUUUUGAAGCUGAUGAUGUAAUUUGGAGAACUUUGCUUAGCAAUUGCAAGAUGCAAAAGAAUAUAGAAGUCGCAGAAGUAGCAUCCAGUUCUUUAUUGAAGCUGGACCCUCAAGAUUCUUCUGCAUAUGUUCUUUUAUCUAAUGUAUACGCUAAUGCGGCAAUGUGGGGCGAGGUCGCAAAAGUAAGAAAUAUAAUGAAGAAUUAUAAGUUAAAGAAGGAGCCUGGUUGUAGCUGGAUUGAAGUAAGAAAUGAGGUACAUGCAUUUCUUGUGGGAGACAAGGCACAUCCAAGAUCUGAAGAGAUAUAUGAGCAAAUUCGUCUACUAGUGGAUGAGAUGAAGUGGGAUGGAUAUUUUCUAGAAAUUAAUUUCAUGCUUGAUGAGGAGGCAGAAGAACAAGAUUCUUGAGGGUCUCAUAGAACAUCAAUUUGUUAUAUAGUGUGAGCCUGUAACUGAACACAACGCCAAUCUGAAGACAUGCUUCUUUUAUGUUCUCUUCAAGGAACAACUUCCCUCGCAAAGCUCAAGGUGUGAAAUUUGCUGGCAAGGUGCUCUGGCUGAAGCUGCACCUGCCAAAGUGAAAUUACAUAAGAGGCAAGUCAGAAAAGGCAAGAAUCCCCGAGUGAGGCCAAUCAAGUGACACCCUCAGCUGAAUUGGCUAGGCUUUUGAGAUUCUUAAUACAGAACAUGUAAGAAAGAGGAUCUAAGCUUGGUUAAUAGAAAUAAAAGAAUGUUGGGACAGCUUUUGGGAACUUUGGAGGCUUUGAGGUGUUCCUGAUUGAAUAAUGUGUCUUUGCUUUAUGGCUGAAUGCAUUACCAAGGUGAAGGGAUAUAAUGUUUUUGCCUCAGUGAAAGGAACACUAUACCACUACAAUGAUAGAAGGUUUUUGGCAAUUUUUUUCUUUUCAAGGUUGCAGAAAUUGAGGCUAGAAUGAAAAAUGGAUAUUAUAUUGGCCGUGGUUUGAGCUCUGUCAAGGAGGACAUAAGUAGAAUGUGCCGUGAUGCUAUAAAAUCAUGAGAAGUAACGCCGAGUGAACCGGAUGAGAAAGGAAGACUUCAAUGGCGCGGCGACGACAACAUGCUGCAGUAGCAGCGGUCUGGGGUGGGCUUCUGACGCCCCGCAGUUGCUCGCGCGUGGGUAGGACAGAGGCGCUGUAGCGAUCCGGCGCAAACUUCUGACCACCGCCAUUGCUUGCACGUGGACAGGACAGAGGUGCUGCGACGGUCUGGGGCGAGCUUCUGACGCCACGGUUGCUCGCACGUGGACGGGACGGAGCUGCUGCGUCCCUAGACUCCGGCUAGUAAGCGCGUACGACGAAUGUGGGAGGGAGGCGCAACCAUUGGAGGGUUUUGGAUGCUGCUGUAGGAAAAUGGUGAAAGGUGAGGGUUAACUAGGAUUAAUUUGGUUACAGUGGACAAUGGGAUGUUGCUAUUUGCUUAUAUGGUAAAAUGGGUUUGGGGAUCCGAUCCAAUAAAAGUUGGCAGGAGUUAGCUGAAUCCCCUCUUAGUUCUCUAGUGGAAUUAUAUAUAUAGGUAUGAGAUUUUUUUUAUAAUCUCAUUGCUAUUUGAUUUCGUUGUUUGUUUGGUAUUUAUUUUAUAUUGUAUAUCUUUCAUGA